ACACAUGUGCAGGCAUCUACUAAGUUGUCCCUCAAUAUACAAUUACUUAGUUGAGGAGGAAAAGAAAAAGAGGAGCAAGAAGGGAAAGAUCGAUCAUACACCAUCAACAUAUACAGAGAGAGAAAGAUAAGGGUUUGUUUGUAAAGAGUAUGAAAAUGAAGAUGAAGAUGAAGAUGAAGAUGGAGAUGGAGUUGGAAGUUCGAAAAGGUCCAUGGACUGAACAGGAAGACGGUCAGCUGACGUUAUACGUGAACUUGUUUGGGGAUCGCCGAUGGGAUUACAUCGCCAAACUCUCAGGUUUGACGGUUGGCGGGAGACUCUCUUCAUAGGGUUGAAGAGAUCGGGAAAGAGUUGCCGGCUAAGGUGGGUGAACUACUUGCACCCGGGCCUCAAACGGGGCAAGAUGACUCCCCACGAGGAGCGUCUCGUCCUCCACCUUCACUCCAAAUGGGGCAAUAGAUGGUCCAAGAUAGCCCAGAAGCUCCCAGGCCGUACGGACAACGAGAUCAAGAACUACUGGAGGACCCUCAUGAGAAAGAAGGCUCAAGAGACGAGGAAAAAGAACAACAGCAACAACACCUCCUCAUCUAAUUCUAAUUCAUCCUCAUCAUCUUCGUCAUCGUGGUCAACAACAUCAUUAUCAUACUCGUCCUCCUCCCCCGAAUCUAAUGACGAAAUCGAGACCUCCGGCCAGCUGACAAAGAGCAGGACGACAGAUGAAAUGAUGGUGAUCAUGGGGGGGUGUCCAUCAUCAGACAAAGAGAAAGAGAAGCAGCAAAUUCAUGAAUUGGAUGAAAUUAGCAAGAGGAUGAUGGAUGAGGUGUGGAACGAGCUUGAGUUAUCAUCCCAGCUGGAGGCCAUACCCCUACCCCUACCCCAACCCCAACCAUGGAGCCAUGAUGAUGAUCAUGAUGAUAAUGAUUAUUCACUGUGGUCCAUCCAUGAUCAUGAUCACGAUCACGAUCACGAUCACGAUCACGAUCAUGAACACAACAAGUUGAUCAAGAUGCAACACCACUCAGCUCCAAAUCCAAAUCCAAUUCCAAUUCCAAUUCCAAUGCCAACCGUGGGGUGCGAUCACUUUUAUUCUUCACCUUUUCAUAAUAUUAUUAAUUACUAUGAUAUUUAAUCGAGUGUCUGUCUGGGUGGAGACCACCUUAGCCUAAUCUUGUCUAGUCUAGUCUAGUCUAGUGUAGUCUCUGUGCGUAAGAUUAUUAUUAGCAAUUUUUAAUUUGAUCAUGAGUAUAGUAGGAACUGGGUUAGUGGAUCGAUAUAUCCCGUUGAGUGGACUUUUAUUCACAACUCUUGUUGUAUGUAUCUAUGUACGUAUGUAUGUAUAUACAGUUUGUGGCUUUCUUCCA